AGUGCAAGUCAAUAAAACUUUGUGCACUGACACACACAACUUCCAGCACCCGCCAGCGGGGCCAAAAUGAGGAUUAGCAAAGCUGCCUUUCUCUUUCUGUUCUUGCUCAGCUCAGUGAAAGGAGAUAUACUGGGUGACUAUAUAAGAACAGAUGGUGUUUGGAUACUAACUCGAAAUAAACAGUCUUACAAGACAAAUAACGAAAAAGAAUGUGCAGAGAAAUGUGAAGCAGAAAGAAAUUUUAAUUGCAGGGCUUUCCUAUUCACCAGGAAAAAGCUACAGUGUUUAACACUGGCUGAAAAUGCUAAAAUGUCGGUGAUGUUCGCCAGCAUGGAUGCAGUUCUUUAUGAAAAGAGAAUUUACCUUCUAGAAUGUAAAAGAGGGAUUGGGAAGGACUACAGAGGAACAGAAGCCAAGACUUGGAGGGGUAUUCCAUGCCAGAAGUGGGCAGAAAAAAUACCCCACAAACCAAACUAUACACCUCAAAAACACCCUAAUGCAGGCCUGGAGGAAAACUACUGCAGAAAUCCUGAUGGGGAUGAAAAUGGACCCUGGUGUUACACAACAGAUCCUACUACCAGAUAUGAUUACUGUAAUAUCCCAGAGUGUGAGGACCAGAUCACACACACUGAAGAGGAAUGCAUGCAGUGUAAUGGUGAGGACUACCAUGGAGAAGUGUCGAGAACAGAGUCUGGGCUUCAGUGCCAACACUGGGAUGCCCAAGAGCCUCAUAUGCAUGGAUUUACCCUGAAACACUAUCCAGAGAAGGAUCUGAAGAUGAAUUAUUGCCGUAAUCCUGAUGGUGAACUUCGGCCCUGGUGUUUCACUACCAGCCCGACUAAACGCUGGGAAUAUUGCAAAAUUCCUCGUUGCACUACACACCCACCAGUCUCUGGCCCAGGCUCCCAGUGUCUUUCAGGGAAAGGAGAAGACUAUCGAGGAAGGAUAGCCAUCACUGAAUCAGGAAAUGUGUGUCAACGCUGGAACACACAGUUACCUCACAAACAUGGCUGGAUUCCUGACAGAUAUCCCUGCAAGGGCUUAGAGGAAAACUACUGUAGAAACCCUGAUGGAGAGAAGAGACCUUGGUGCUACACCAUCAACAGCAGCAUUAGAUGGGAAUAUUGCACAAUUCCUCCCUGUGAUGGGAGAGAACAAGAGAGUACUGAUGUGCCUAUACAGGUUCCCCUGACAGAGGAGUGCUACCGAGGCAAAGGCCAGAGUUAUCGUGGCACAACUUCUAUCACUGCAUCGGGAAAAAAAUGCCAGGCCUGGAACUCCAUGUUCCCACACUGGCAUGAAAAAACCCCGGACAAAUUCCCAGAUGCGGAUUUGAGGGACAACUAUUGUAGAAAUCCAGAUGGUGACAACAGCCCAUGGUGUUUCACCACUGACCCCAACACCUUAUGGGAGUACUGCAAUCUCAAGAAGUGUGAUGAUCGUACACAAGAGCCCAUACCAAAUGAUUCCCCCGCAACGAUGGCGCAAGAUAUUAGCCCGACGACACGCACCACAUCUGGACAGGGACUGGGACAAGAACUGGAGACGACAGAAUCUCUCUCCACCCAGUUGUCAAGCAACAGAUGAUCGCUAUUACGCAAGAAGCAUCAUUUUGGCUCCUGAAAGCUUCACUCCUCCCCCACCUCAGACAGGGGCAAAGAACAAGAAAAUCCACCGUCCCCAGCUUCGAGAGACUGAUAGUCCUGCGAAGGGCUUUCUACUAACAGAGCUUCUAUUAAUAGAUAUAAAUGUAUUUAAGAAUUUAACAACUUUAACAAUUUCUUAAACGAUUAAUUAACAAGGUUGGAGAUGCUUAGGAACUUUUAAAACACGUUGUUUGAACUAAAUUGUCACAACAACUGCUUCUAUUCAGGUGUCCUUGAGGGUUUAACAACUUAACAAGCUCAACAAUUUAACCAAAGUCUUGGGGGAAACUGAUGAAAGAGUAAGAAAAAACCUUAAAGUUUCAAUGUUCUUGCCAGAGGUCCUGAGACAGCAAGAUACAAAGUUAAAUUAAUUUUGUAUGCUUCUCGGGAG